UUAAACCACAUUAUUGUCUAGUUCUUCAUUAUCUCAUUAUUCUUAUUGUUUAUGCAAGGAAAAUUGUAAUAAAAACAAAACUUUUACAAAAAUAUUGAAAAAAUCCCAUUAAAAAACAUGGAAACACCACAUAGUACAACAAAUACAAAAGAAUUUGAAGUUACGGGUGUUUCACGCAGUGGACGUGUACGUAAAAAGUCUUCCAAACUUUUAGAUUUUCAAUCACCCGAUGAAGUGGAAAGGAAAAUCUACAAACGUACUACAGCCAGUAGUCACAAUACACCGAGAUCAUCGGGUGCUAAAUAUGCGGGUCGUGGUAGACCAAGUUUGGCUGCUUUAAAGGCACGCAGAGCUGCUCGUGUUGCGGGAGCAGAUGAAGAAAAUGAUGUGGCAGCCGAUGAUGAAGGACCGGCCGCGGAGGAGGAUGUAAAAGAUAAGGAAGAGGUAAUGGAUGUAGAGCAGUCUUUAAAGGAAACAGCUGAUGAGGAUGAAGAAGAUGAAGAGGAGGAGGAUGAGGAAGAUAUAAAUGAUGUAUUACACAAUACCAGUGGUUUGACGGCAGCAACCGAUUCAGAUGAUGAUGGUUUUGGUGAGUUGGUGGCUGAUUUAGUGGGCUCAGAAGCUGCCAACUUAGAUGGCCCGGCUGGCAAUCAAAAAUCUCCUUUUAGACAAUCUUUAUAUAUGACAGAGAAAAAUAAGAAGCUAAAGGAAAAUCGUGUAGAGCGCAAAGAUAAGGGUAAGACUCGUUAUACAGCCUAUAAUAUGUGGGCUAGAGAACAUCGCAAAUCCAAUAAAUUUGGUAAAACAUCUGAUAUAGAUCAUCAGGCUGCUAGACGUUUACAUGAAUUGUGGUCUAAUGUAUCGAAUAAAGAGAAAAAUGCCUGGAAACGUAAAGCCAAAAUGCAAGCUACCAGAGCUAAACAAAGAGAAAGAGCGGGUAUAACUCAAACUAAUAAAACUGCAAUACAAACUGCAGCACAAGCAGCAAAUCCACAAAAUUCCACAUUUAUUAAUAGACCCACCACCAGUCGUACCAAAAAAUUAGCAGAAGAUAAACAAAAAGCCAAGGAUGAUAUGUUAGUAGCUAAACCUAACACAAUACAAACUUCUACCCCCAAAAGAACACGCAACAAUUCCUAUAGAAGAAAUCAAACGAAUACUCCCUCUAGCGCAACUAAUGGCAACGAUAACAAUACGUCUUCUUUGUAUAUAGCCACCAAUGGCUCUACCAAUAAUUACAAUAACAAAUCGUUAACUUUAAACAACUCGAAAACUCCCUUACCCAACAUAGAACCUAUAGAUGCAGCGGCUCAUUUAAAAUUAUUGGGUGAAAGUCUUAGUAUUAUUGGCGAUCGUCUUAAGGAACAUGAGGGACAAAUUGCCGUUUCCGGCAGUUUAUCAGUACUGCUGGACAGUCUAUUGUGUUCGUUGGGUCCUUUACUGUGUCUGACAACACGCCUACCCGGCUUGGAUAAGAAACCACAAUUGAAGGCAAAUUUGGCAACAACUUUGGAUAAUAUAGCUUAUGUUAUGCCAGGACUGUAA